UUCCGGCGGCCUCCUGUCAGGUGACGGUUCAAGAUGGCGUCGCCUGCGGACACCGGCCGGCCUGAGGCUCCCGAGCGGAAGGCGAAGGGCGCGGGGGGCGGGGAGGAGGCCUCGCAGGAGGGCGACCUGCGCAGCGUCCUGGUCACCAGCGUCCUCAACCUGGAGCCGCUGGACUUGGACCUCUUUCGUGGGAGGCACUACUGGGUGCCAGUCACACAGCGACUCUUCGGUGGGCAGAUAGUGGGCCAGGCCUUGGUGGCAGCUGCAAAGGCUGUGAGUGAGGAUGUACAAGUCCAUUCGUUGCAUUGCUACUUCGUGAGAGCAGGGGACCCCACGGUGCCGGUUCUGUACCAGGUGGAGUGCACUCGCACAGGGAAGAGCUUCUCGGUGCGGUCGGUCAAGGCCAUCCAGCAUGGGAAGCCCAUCCUCAUUUGCCAGGCCUCCUUCCAGCAGGACCAGCCCAGCCCCGUCAAGCACCAGUUCCACAUGCCGGACGUGCCCCUUCCAGAGGAACUGCUGACCCAGGAAGAGCUCAUCCAGAAGUACCUGCAGGACCCAAACCUUCUGGACAGAUACAGGCAAGGGCUCAACAAGAUGCUGGCCCAAGAAGUUCCCAUUGAGAUUAAGCCAGUGAACCCCCCAGACUUCUUCCACCGGAGACCGCAGGAGCCCAAGCAGCUCUUGUGGGUCAGAGCCAGGGGCCACAUAGCCAGCGAUGUCUGUUUUGCAGGCGAAUGUGACAUGAAGCUGCAUUGCUGCGUGGCCGCCUACAUCUCGGAUUACGCCUUCCUGCAGACGGCCCUCUUCCCCCACCAGCACUACAGGGUCAGUUUCAUGGUCUCCCUGGACCACUCCAUGUGGUUCCACGCCCCCUUCAGGGCUGACCACUGGAUGCUGUAUGAGUGCGAGAGCCCCUGGGCAGGGGGGUGCCGGGGCCUCGUGCACGGGCGCCUGUGGCGCAGGGACGGCGUCUUGGCUGCCAGCUGCGCCCAGGAAGGCGUCAUCCGCGUGAAGGAGCAGCCUUCCGGCAGCAAGCUGUAGCGAGGAAGAGAGCGGGUCUGCUCGGAGGCGCAGCCCCUGUGGACUUGGGCAGGCCCUGCAGGCCUCAUGCUGGAACGGCAGCAACUCUCGAGCCAGAUGGAA